AUGGUUUCCCGCCAUAUAGGGAUCAGAGGCAAUGAGCUUUCGCCGUUUGCCGAAAACGGCCGGGGGAGCCCCCCCAAAACCCAGAUAAAAAACUCAGACCGAAGUUUACUUGGGGGGAAGUGUACGCCGUCGUCUGGUAAAGAGAUUAUGCGAGAUGCUUCACCACGGGUACAGGGGCCCGCUGGCAAACCCCCGCCCGGUAAACACCGAGCCCACAAAACGACCAAAAGACCCGUUUCCAGCGCCUGCACGGUUCCCCCGACGACCAUGAGAGUACACGUCGGCGACCUUGGCAACGUGCUGGCUGACGGAGACGGAUUAGCAAAGGUCAACAUCACUGACCCUGUCAUCUCUCUCAAGGCAACUUUUUCCGUCAUCGGCCCCCUUCGACUGCACGCGGGCGAGGCGACCUUUGGGGACGGCGGCAACGGAAAGAGCCUCAAAAGGGGGGCAAAAAGCAGGUCGACGUCUGGCCUCGGCGUUAUCGGCUUUGCGUUUGAAGGUGACGCUUAA